AUGUCGACAAUCGCAUUCGACUCUUGGAGGUUUGAGUCUUCCUCCAGCAGCGCUGCGGAAUUUGACUCAAGAGUCCUAGUCGACUCUGACCGCCAUCUUCAAGGGAUCCAGCUGACCCACCCCACAACCUACACACGCGCUGAAUAUUCGAUUCAUGACGUCUUUGUUGACAUCUACGGUUCCCGAUACACCCCAGACACCGCUCCAGACGAACCGUAG